UGCCGUUGAAUCUGUGUGACUGCCAUAGCAGGGGUAGUUAUGCAAUUUCAGGUUUCGCCCUCUACGGCUCUACUCUAUCAGUAUCGCGGCAUAACCGCAUUUGCCGCAACAACAUUUAAGAAGUAUAUUUAUUUUUUUAUUUAAAUAUUCGAAACUUCCACCGCCUCAUGCAUUCAAAUUUUGUAUAUAUGUGUGUGUAAUUGAUUGAUUGUGUAAAACAGAGCUGCAAAUCUCCUUUUGGGUCCUCUCUCGCUCUCCAAGGAUGAUUGAUUCUACAGCUUUCAUUAGGCCAUGAGCUAUGACCUGUGAUGGUUUGAUCUCAAUCAACUAGUGGGUGGCUUUUAGAUUUUUUUUGGGGUGUGUAAAGAUGGAAAGGCGAGGCAAGGGUAGGCACUAUGCUUAUCGUGGAAGGAAGGCUAGAUCUGAUUAUAAAUGUUAUGAACAGUCAGAUGAGGAUUACAAGGUCUGUAAAAAUGAGGUGUUUGAUGAGUCCGAGGAUGAAUACUCUUCUUUUGUUGGGGAUACAUCAGAAGAGAGUUUAGGUGAGUACGAAGAUAAGGAAGAGGAGAAGGAGAUGGAAGAGAUGGACAGUAGGGUGGUGAAAAAGGUUGUUAAAAAGAAUGAUGUCAGACCUAAAGCACCAAAGAGACAGAAAAAUGGAGUUGUAAAACGAAGAAAAAGGAAGAGACUUGUGUACAGAGGAGAAGAUGAUGACAAUGAUAUUUGUGAUGAUGAUGAUGAUGAGGAGGAAUUUACCCCAUAUGGGAUCAACCGGGUUGUAAAACGAAGAAAAAGGAAACAGGUUGCUUACAGAGAAGAAGAUACUGACAUUGAUGAUGAUGAUGAUGAUGAUGAUGACAGGGAAUUUACCCCAGAUGAGAUUGAUGGUGUAGGUGAUGAUGAAGAUGAGUUGCCCAUGACAAGAAGGAAAAAGAAAUUGUGCAAGCCACAAUUGAGAAAGGGCAAUGGCAAAGGGAUGCAGAGGAAGAGAAUCUCUGAAGUCUCAAGGAAAAAAACAAGGAAGAAAAACUCUAGGAAGAAAAUCUCUAAAAUUUCAAAGAAGACCACAGGGAAGAAACGAAGAAAGAAGCGUACGGUAAAAAGAAAAGCAAGAUUUGAUGAUGGUGAUGGGGAGUCCAUGAACAUAAACACAAUGGAAAAGAAGACUAGGAAGAAUAUUGGAGCAGGGAGAAGGAAGAGAAGAAUAAUAAUAGAUUCUGAUUCAGAUUUUGUGACUUCUGAGUCAUCAGACCUUGAAUACACUAUAUCUGAAGAAGAGAGAGAACAAGUCAGAGAAGCAAGUAAAUUUUGUAGAGGCUUGACAGCUAGCUGGAGGAGACCAGCUUUUUUAAAGAAUUCACCAGAAGAAAAAACUCAACGACUUCAAAAGAAGCGUUCACUAAGAAAGGACAAGGAGAAGGUAGAGGAGGUGAAGACUGAAUCAGGAAAGCAGAUAUGUGGAAUUUGUUUGUCUGAAGAAGGGAAGAAGACAAUCCGUGGAACUUUGAAUUGCUGCAGCCACUACUUCUGUUUUGCUUGCAUCAUGGAGUGGUCAAAGGUAGAAUCUCGUUGUCCCCUCUGCAAGCAAAGAUUUGUAACAAUCAGUAAGCCUGCAAAAUCAAGUGCUGGCUUUGAUUUGAGACCUGUGGUGAUUCAAGUUCUUGACCGUGACCAGGUUUAUGAACCAUCUGAAGAAGAGCUUAGGGGUUAUCUUGAUCCAUAUGAGAAUGUCAUUUGUACUGAAUGUCAACAAGGUGGGGAUGAUGCUCUUAUGCUACUUUGUGAUAUCUGUGAUUCGCCUUCACAUACUUACUGUGUUGGCCUUGGACACGAAGUACCUGAAGGUAAUUGGUACUGUGAAGGCUGUAGAUCAUCAUCUCCUGGUUUCCAAAACCCACAAAAUUCAAAUCGUACGCCUGAGAGUAGAACAGUCAACAACUUUUCUGUCAGAUUGCCACCUAUAGCUAACAUGAGAGAUACUUUUGACUUAAACGAGAUCUAUGUGCCUGAUACACCAUUAGCCCAAGAAGUUCACUGCACUCCAUCUCCCCGAGAUAGUCAGGCUGCUUCUCCAGCUUCAGGAUCCGUGGCUUCCACAGUUUCAGACAGGAGAAGAAUACAUCGUCGAAUAAAUCAAUUUCUUAGUAACAGAACAAGACAGGUAGACAGUAGAACUAGAGACAAUGGCUAGUGUGGGUCUAUGUAGGGAGUUGGCACCUUUAUCAACUAUUACAGCACCAAGAGAGCACUUCAUCGUCUACCGUUUUCCAGGAAUAGUUACAGGAUAGCAUAACUGCUUCACCACAGAUUGAGAAUGCUUUCGCUAGAAGAUCCAACCAUUUGAGGGGGCAGUUGAAAAAAACAAAUCAAACCCCCUACUAUGGUUCAGAGUUCCUAUAUUGUAUUCUUGAAAGGUUAAUUUGUAAGGAAUAAUACUGGUAUUAGUUCAGGAUUGGCUCUUCAAAUUUCCAUACUGCAAUUCUUUCUUUUACUCUUA